AUGGCAUCCAAGCAAGCAGCCAAGCGCUUGAGCAAGGAGUACCAGUCGAUGCAAAGGUCACCUCCUCCCUUUGUAUGGGCCCGACCAAAGUCAGUAUGAAUGAGACUCAGGUGAUCGAUGACGUGCAUGACGGGCGCUUACGUUGUCUCGCCGUUUCAUGAACACGCACAGUGAAUCAAAGUGAGCUAGCUCCGCUCCAAUUGGGGUUCAGCAUCACCAGUAUGCUCAGUCUCGAUCGAUCUUCCCAUAGCGUGCUCGAAUGGCACUACAUCCUCCAAGGACCUUCGGAUUCGCCGUACUUCGGGCAAGUUCCGAGAGAGGACCGACCCCACCUCGUACGAGCCAGCUGAUCCAAGUGCAUCUCGAUCCGUAUACAGUGGUGAAUACUGGGGGACGCUGCUCUUUCCUUCGGUCAGUACACGAACCAAUCUCACCUUGCACCUCCGCUCACUCACUCACUCACGCUCUUUGAAACCGUGCGCAGGAUUAUCCCUUUGCUCCCCCGACCAUCAAGGUGGGUUAUGCACGAACAGGAAGCCGACGGAACGCGCCAGGCGAAUUGAGUUUUCGUACCACACCCUGCAGAUGAUGACCCCCUCAGGACGCUUCGCCCCCUCGCAAGCGAUCUGCACGAGCAUGUCCUCGUUCCACCCUUCGACUUGGAACCCGGCUUGGUCCGUCAACACGAUCCUCGUCGGGCUGUUGAGCUUCAUGUUGGGUGAUGAGAUCACCACAGGUGCGUUCAUAACUCGGUGGGAGGCUGCUCAAGGAUAUGUCUGAUGGUGGUUCGAGUCCUUUACAGGGAGUGUGAUGACUACCGAAGCCGAGAAGCAAGCUUUCGCCAAGGCCUCCCACGCCUGGAACAUGCAAGUCCAGUCUCCACCUUCGCAAUCACCACCUCUUGCAUCAAACUGAAAUCCCACCCUUACCUUACCUCCCACAGCCAACAACCACGUUUCAAAACCCAUUUUCCCGAAUACUCUUCUCCCGUUAUGAAAAACCUCCCCGUGAUGGGUUCUGCCGGUCCCCCUCCACCAACCCAAUCGGCCGCUGUCAAUCCCACGACGACGACGACGACAACAGUGUCGACUAACGGUGCUGCCCUUCCUGUACAUUCCUCUUCUGCUUGUUCGUCUUCUUCUUCGAGGAACGGUACAACUCGGGAAAGAUUCGCGUGAUCCAUGAGAAGGGAGGUCGCUGACUCAUAAUUCCUCCUUCCCACAUUCCCAACGAUCCAUCUGCGUCUACCGCCACAACGAACAAUCUCGACCUCAAUUCCGCUCAUUCAACCGCGCGUAGUGAUCGACACGAAGAAGGACGAACGUAAGAGCAAGACAAGAACAUGGUUUCUCUGGGCUUUCGUCGUCUUGCUCGUGUCGUGGGGCGGAAUGAAGGUCUUGGAAUAG